ACAUUCCGAUAUCACGGAACUGAACCAAAUACCAGUUCCCCAUUACUCAUUACGUACAUUGCCUUCAAGAAGAUUCUUAUCCAAAAACAACAAUCAACUUUGAUAAUAACAGCCGUGAUCUUUAACGAUAAUAAAUCAUAAUAUCAUCAAGAUUCGAUGUCUAACCAAAUGGAACAAUCACCGAACUUUUUGUCCGCCAUUUUUUUGUUCAUAUUCCAUGAAUCAACUUGCGUCGUUGAUGAGCCUUAGAAUCGUAAGAUCCGUAAUAAACUAUCUAUAUCAACAUAUUACGGCUAAGGUCGUGGUUUAGUUAUAUUUAAAAGUUAUUGUGUUGUGCACUACAGUGCUAGAAAGAUGUGUGCAGUGUUUUGUUAAUGCAGAAAUGGAGCUGCGAAUUAAUUUUGUGACUGUACUUGGAUUUGUUUGCUGGUUCGCCAAUGUGUUUGGUAUCCACAUAACCAACCUAAAUGGAUCCUGUUUCCGUUGCCUCUGUCACGUCGCUGGGUGUGACAUGUCCCGUGGAUGCAGUGAAGGGUACUGCGGCCCUUUCUUCAUAUCCAGGGUCUAUUGGGUAGAUGCUGGCAAGCCGACGUUGCCUGAUGAUGAUCCGGAUAGGAAAGAAGCAUUCGAAGACUGCGCCCGGGACUACCACUGCUCCAUCAAAAUCAUCGAGAGUUACAUGGCUAAAUUUGGGAAAGACUGUAACGACGACGGAGUAACAGACUGCUUCGACUACAUGAUGAUCAACUACCACGGCGGCAGAGCCUGCUCCAAGCCGCUGGUGCUCACGCAGUCCGGUCGAAGGUGGCUGCAGGCCUAUCGACAGUGUCGGUUUUGAAACCGUAUUGACAGAUAAUAUUGAGUUGUACCUUUAUGAGUGCCUAGCUACUUCUGCGCGGUUUCACCCAGUCUGCUUGGCUCCUAUUGGUCAUAGCGUGACGUUUUAUAGCCUAUAGUCUUCCUCGAUAAAUGGACUAUCCAACACAAAAAGAAUUACUCAAAUCGGACCAGUAGUUUCGGAGAUUAGCGCGUUCAAACAAACAAACAAACUCUUCAGCUUUAUAAUAUGUAUAUUAGUAUAGAUUUAUCAGACACACAAGCAGAGUAGGAAUAUUAAUUUAAAACAUUGGUUUAUUCUCGUGAACUAAUGAGAAAAGCUCUACUAGAUUCGAGUGACAGGAGGGCUCUUGUUCAAGAGCAGCGAUUAGUUGGGUUGUAACUUUAUAAAUAAUCUUAGUGGUGAGACUGUUGUCACAAAUUCAGAUUUUGUUAAGGAAAUGAAGAUGCAAAAAUUGUAUAUGUAAGAACUUUGAUCAAUAAUAGUACUAUUGAUCUAAUUGAAAUUGAAAGAGUGAAAACUAUAAUAACAACUUUAAAUAAAAAUGAGAAUUACGACUAUAUACUAGCCUAUCAAAUAAUUCCAAUAGAUAUAAAAGGAUCCCAGACAUAUCUAGCUAAAUAAAUAAAUACUACUAUAAUUAAAAGUAAGAUUAAUUUUAUUAGUAAAAUACAUAACAUCAGUCAAUUAAUGCUUAAGCUACUAAUUAAUUUAAUUGAAUUUAUAAUUAUUACAAUUCGCGCUAUCAAUAUACAUACGUACUGAUUUAUUAUAGAUCUUAGCUUAAGUAAUUAUUACUUAAGCUAAGAUCUAUGAACAAAUCAUAAUGUUUAUUAUUUAUGUUUAUGAACAAACCAUUGUCAUUUCAUAAAGAAAAUAUACGUAUUUUCGUAUCCUUAAACUGACGCUAGAUCUAUAUACAUAUUUUGCAACAUAUUCGUGCUGUUAGGCUACUCAGCUGUAACUAUCUUCCAUUUUUCUUAGCUUCGAUAUAGGUGUAACUUUUGAAUUAAUGUCGAUCGCGGUCCGCUGUCAUUGAUCGUUACAAGA